AUGACACAGCCACAAUAUCACGCUCUCAAAAUGACGCUCAUGAUGCAGGCUGCUUUGGCCGAAGCGCGAAAAUGCGAGCCAGUCCCAACAGCUUUCAGUGUCGGCUGCGUUAUUGCGGUGCCAUGGCCAAAUAACGACUCUGAUCCAACAAUCAUAUCGACAGGUUACUCGAGAGAGCUACCAGGCAAUACUCAUGCUGAAGCUAACGCACUCCACAAAUAUACCCAACUCACAGCAGCCGAACUGGCCGCCCUGUUCAAGGGUCCCAACCCUCCGUCUGUGUCCGAUAUAGCCUCUCGUCUCGAUGUCUAUACAACAAUGGAACCAUGCUCAGUUCGUACUUCCGGGUUGGCUCCUUGUGCAGAUGCCCUUAUCGCCGCAAAAAUUCGGCGUUGUUUCAUUGGCACAGGGGAACCAGAUGACUUCGUCCAGUGUGAAGGUGCCGAACGAUUGAAGAAUGCUGGCAUCGAGCUGGUAUGGUUGGACAGUUUGCAAGAGGAAUGUCUUGCCGUAGCUCGUAAUGGUCAUCAUGAAGUAUAG